AUGGCGACCGCGACCGCGCAGUUCAACGUGUCCGCCAUCGGGUGCCCGGACGACAACACCACGGCCAUCAUCCGCAACUACUUCAACGUCACGGAGUACCGCUGCUUGACCAGAUUCUUCGGCAGCCCGCCGCUGUCGACGGGCGUCGGCUACGCCGUCGUCCUGGCCUUCGGCCUGGCCUUCGGCAUCGCCACCGUCGCCCUGGUCUACGCCGAUCAGUACUUCUUCCGCCGCACCAUGAGCUCGGAGUACUUCAACACGGCCGGCCGCUCCGUGCGCACGGGCCUCACGGCCGCCGUCAUCGUCUCGCAGUGGACCUGGGCCGCCACCUUGCUGCAGAGCUCCAACGUCGCCUUCCAGUACGGCGUCUCCGGCCCGCUGUGGUACGCCGUCGGCGCCUCCGUCCAGGUCGUCCUCUUCUCCAUGAUGGCCGUCCUCGUCAAGCUCCGCGCCCCGACCGCCCACACCUUUCUCGAGAUCGUCCGCGCGCGCUGGGGCACCGUCGCACACAUCAUCUUCAUGGUCUUCGCCCUGCUCACCAACGUCAUCGUCACCAGCCUGCUAAUCCUGGGCGCAAGCGAUACCGUCCAGGCCCUCACCGGCGUCGACGUCGAUAUUGCGAGCGUCCUCAUCCCGCUCGGCGUCAUUAUGUACACCCUGGCCGGCGGCCUCAAGGCCACCUUCGUCGCCAGCUAUUUUAACACCGCCAUUAUUCUCAUUUCCCUCGUCAUUUUCCUCUUCAAGGUCUACGUCACGUCCGAGGAAUUGGGCUCUCCGGACAAGGUCUACGAUUUGCUGGAGCAAGUCGCCACGGUCGAGCCCGUACCCAACAACCGCGACGGCUCGUACCUCACCCUGUUUUCUCGCAACGGCUUCUUUUUUGGCCUGGUCAACCUCGUCGGCAAUUUCGGUACCGUCUUCAUCGACCAGUCCUAUUGGCAAUCGGCCAUUGCCGCCACCCCGUCUGCGUCCUGGAAGGGCUACUUGCUCGGCGGCCUCUGUUGGUUUGCCAUCCCCUUUUCCCUGGCCACCUCGCUGGGGCUCGCCGCCGUCGCUCGCUCCCUGCCCAUCACCGACGCGGAGGCGGACAAGGGCCUCGUCCCGCCCGCCGCCGCGAAGGAUCUCAUGGGCAACGGCGGCGCCUCGCUCAUCCUCGUCAUGCUCUUCAUGGCCGUCACUUCCUCGGGUGCCUCGGAGCAGAUUGCUGUCUCCUCGCUCAUCGCAUAUGACGUCUAUCGCACCUAUAUCAACCCAAACUGCUCGGGCCGCCGUAUUAUUUUCAUCUCGCGCAUUGUUAUUCUUACGUUUGGACUCUUUAUGGGCGUUUUUGGAAUUGCCCUCCAUCACAUCGGCGUCAACUUGAACUUUUUGUAUUUGGCCAUGGGAGUUUUCAUCGGACCGGCUGUCGUCCCGGUUGCCUACUCUAUUUGUUGGGGGCGUGCAUCGGCCCGUGGUGCCAUUUGUGGAGCCCUUAUCGGUCUGGUGUGUGGCCUCUCGGUCUGGUUUGGCUAUGGUUCGACUUUUGACGGAGGCAUUACGAUUGUCAAUCUCAAUCAAAAUGAGGUCAUGCUUGCGGGUAACCUCGCGUCCAUUGUGUCUUCCGGUGUAAUUUGCACCGUCCUGAGUUUGCUCUCUCCCGACGACUGCGAUUGGAGUACGACUCGCGCUAUUGCGCUUAUCGAGGACGAUCCAAACGCGCACAUCCCGUUCGAGACAGAGGAGUCUCUGGAGCGUGCGCUCAAGCGCAUCGGUGUGUCCGGCAUUGUCAUCACGAUUGUGCUCGUCUUGUGUUGGCCAGCACUGACGCUUCCUGUCGGCGUAUUUUCAAAGGGCUACUUCAAGUUUUGGGUCAUCAUCUCCUUCAUCUGGGGAAUUGUGUCUUGCUGUCUCAUGGUUAUCAUGCCUUUGAUCGAGUCGAGAAACGAUAUCCUUGUCGUGUUGAGCAUGGGAAGGUAUGCCAAUCGUCCUGGGAAGAAUGAGGGUGAUGGCGAGGAGAGCUUGGAAGAUUUCGUAGUGGAAGAUCGUUAG